AAGACAAAAGAUGGCGCUAGCAGAAACCUAACCUAAAAAUACUGUUUAUUAUAAACAAUGAACAUUCCUCAAAAAUGCAUUAUAUGCCUCAACGAGGGUUGCAACUUAAUCAGCAUAUCCGAAAGGGAUGAAAGCGACCUCCAGCUCAGCUACAAAUUGAACUUCUGCGUACCCGAAGUCGACUGGAUCGAGAGUCACCAGAUCUGCUCCAACUGCGUCGUGCACCUCGACACUGCCUAUGCCUUUCGGUACCUGUGCCUCGGCUCGCUGGGCAAAGCGGAGACCGUCUUGUGUUACUGCAGUAGGCAACUUUUGAACGCCGAGGUGAAGCAGGAGGAAUCUAAGCCGGUGGUGAAAGACGAAUUCCUAUGCCUGCACUGCGGGCUGCAAUUCACACGGAAGCUUCUGCUGAUUGCGCAUAUUCGCACCAAGCACAAGGUGACACCGUGCGGUUACUGCAACGAAGUGCAUACGGAUAAUAAGUGCACUGAGAUCGUCUGCGAUAAAUGCUCGCAAGCUUUCACGACGGAAAACUCGCUGAUUAUACACGCGAAGAGUUGCACAACAUCACAGUCAAAUUGCACUGAAGGCGAGCUAAAAACAAACACGAUCAAGGCACCAAAGCGCGGUAGGAAACGGUUGGACCCACUUUCUAACACGUGCAAUAUUUGUGGUAUGAUUUUUAACACGCGCUACUUAGCCAAGCGGCACAUGCGCAACGUACACGCAACCGAAAAGAACUACCAAUGCGAGAUUUGCCAGCAGCGAUUCGCGAGCCCUGUCUAUUUAAACGCUCACAAGCGAUAUCACUCCGGCGAGCGCCCUCACAUUUGCUCAUUCUGCGGUAAGGGUUUCAUAACCGGUAGCGACCUCUACCACCACGAGAAAAUUCACUUAAACAAGCGCGCUUACAAAUGCGAUAAAUGCCCGAAGGCGUUCAACACCUCCUCCGAUUUGCACAAGCACAAGCUGUGCGUGCACCAGGACCGUAGUGAGUGGAAGUACGUCUGCACCAUCUGCAACCGUCGCUUUCCACUGAAAACCAACCUCGACGCUCACACCAAGACGCACACCGGCGAGCGCAACUUCGCCUGCCACCUCUGCAACCACAAAUGCGUAAACCGCUCCGUCCUCCAGCGCCACAUCAAAUCCCACUCCAACAUUAGACUGUUCAAGUGCACCGUCUGCGUCAUGGAGUACAAGUACCAGAAAUCGCUCGACGUGCACAUGGCGAAAGCGCACGGAAUCGGCGACGCGAAGAUACCCGAACGCGUGAAAAAGUACUUCUGUCACAUUUGCCCGAAAUCGUACUUCGCCAACAACAAACUACAGAAGCACAUACGGACGCACACCGGCGAGAGGCCGUUCUCCUGCCAAAUUUGUGAUAAACGCUUCAUCGACAAGUCGUACAUCAAACAGCACCUGAAAACUGCUCAUAACGUUAGCUAUAAUGAUCUCGCUGCAUGAUUAGGCUAAAUGUAAUUUAAGUCAAUUAAAUUAUUGAAUCAA